AUGGACGGCGCCGUCUUGGUGCCCGACGAUGUCCUCGACUCGCGGCCGCCUCCGCCACCUCGACUGUUUGAGCGGCUUCGCCAAAUAGCUGGCUACACCUGGGACGAAUCCAAGGAGCCUAUACACUCGAGCUAUGAUUUAUGGCUCGUUUUUGGAACUCGAUUUGUAUCUUCAAAGCCAUCGCCUCCGGGCUCGGGGCACAACGAGUCCAGCCUCGGAUCCAUCACCACGCUACAGUCUGGCCGGCCGUCCUCCUCCGAACAUAGUAAUAAUCAUGUCCCGUCCUCGGACACGCAUAGCACCGAAACCUCCAGCACGCCACUUCCACAUCGUCCGUCAACGCCCAUCUCGUCGCCGCCAUCCGCCGAUGGCACCCCCCCAAUAGUCGAAGAGUCGGUCGUCGCGCGCGUGUCGUUACACAAUCUUCGAGAAGAGCGGGCUUUUCAAAUCGCCAAGAAUGUUGUGGGCACCGCUGACCCCCUCGGCGAGCACAUUGCCAAGCCCAUCGAUCUUCUUCGACUGAAUCCUGGCCCUGGAGAUCGCAAGCACAUCACCGUCGCCAUCUAUCAUUACCCGGGUGCCAACUACUUGAGCAAAGUCUUGGACUUCGGGCCGGCUUAUUACAAGGCGCGCAAGGAAGGGGACAGGUACGUCUCGUACCGUCCUUCGGUUUUGAGUCGUCUACAACCUCCCAUAAACCUCGAGUACUUUCUAGAUUUCGCCAUUGGUGCUGUACAGUGUCUGGAGAUUAUUCACCAUGGGCAGGGUAUAAUCCACGGUGAGAUCAGAGGGGAUGCCUUUCACUUCAAUGCCGACGAGAACAAGGUUAGGAUUGUGGCUUUUGGCUCCGGGCUGAGGUCAUUUGAGCAUGGGUUGACCAGUACCGGCUGGUUGACGCUCUCAAAGGAGCUCGGCGUCAAGAAUAAGCUCCUGUACAUUAGUCCUGAACAGACUGGCCGGAUGCCUGCGGAGCCGGACACCCGGACGGACAUCUACUCGCUGGGCAUUUUGAUGUGGACUCUACUGACGCAACAGCCCGUGUACACCGGGGAGACUCCUAUGGACAUCAUCCAGGGCGUGCUUGGCCGGAGAGUGCCCAAUGUGGCUACGGUGCGGAUGGACAUCCCGGAUGUCAUUGGGCGUAUCAUUCAGAGGUGCACAGCCAAGAACGUUGCGGACCGCUAUCACUCGGCGAGCGGGCUACGCCAUGACCUUGUCAAGGUUCAGCAGCUGCUUUCCGAUGGCGACUCGACGGCUCUCAAGGACCUGGAGAUUGGCACCAAGGACAUCUCGUCCUUCUUUAUACUCCCAACAAACAUGAUCGGUCGGACUGCGGAGCACAACGAACUCAUCAAGGCGAUUGACCGUGUCUCGCGCAGUCACUUUCUCGGCAGCAACCGAAGCCGCUUCCCUGACGCAUCUGGCCUGGCCAACGAACUCGUCGUCACCGACGACGUCUCCAGCGAAGGGGGGGCAAGCUCUGUAGAGGGCACGAAUAGAAGGAGUGGCUCCUUCAACAUGGGCGGCGGCGGAUCGUCAGAAUACAAAUUCCCCAGAAAUAGCUUCCACCCGUCCAUCUUGUCUGACACGCAGACCGUAUCGAAUGAGACUGUAUCCUCGAACCAGUCUGGCCCCCAGCUCCGACCGACGAGACCGUGGGAGCGACACCACUCAAUAUCGCUAGACACAGCGAGCGCUGCAGAGAGCGCUAGCGGCCCGGAGGGUAGCCGGAUGGGCAUGACCGAGUCUAGCGGCUCGAGCUUGUCGCGACAGUUGGGUGCCGCCAAGUUCCGACGGCGUGGGCAGUGCGAGGUCGUCACCAUUGAGGGAGCCGGUGGGCUUGGAAAGAGCUUUCUGGUCCAAAGCGUUCUCGGCGAAGCCAGGCGGCGCGGCUAUUGCGCCACCGCCAAGUUUGACACGGCCCGGAGGACAGCAUUUGGGCCCUUGCUCAAGCUGCUUUCGUCGUUGUUUAGGCAAGUCUGGGGGGAGACCAACACAGAGACGCCUUUCCACCAGGUCCUCAAGCAUUACGUGCGGCCUGUCUGGCCAAUGCUGCACAGGGUGCUCGGCCUGCCCGAGUUUCUUCUGGGACCGCCCGACUCGGCGAGCUCCCUAGUCCGCACAUCGACGAACAACUCACAACAGCAGGCCUGCGGCCCGCGAAGUGGCGGAAAGUUUAAUGGCAAACGGCGCGGGUCGUCGCCGGGAAGCUCACCAGGGCCGCUGAGCCGCCAGGUCGCCGCCAGUGCCGCCGGCUGCCAGAGUUCUCAAGACUAUCUUUGCGCGGGCACGUCGACAAAGACGACGCGCCUCAUGAAUACCUGUUUGGAUAUUCUUCGGGUCUUCACCACGCACAAAUUCAUCUGUUUUUGUCUCGACGACCUUCACUUUGCCGAUGACGAGUCUCUGGAACUAAUUACCCAAAUCAUCGGCGCUAAGAUGAAGAUGCUGAUUAUCAUGACGUAUAGACCCGAAGAACUCCCCAGGGAGAGAAUGGAUCGGAUAAUAUACCCCGCCCAACUAGAAGAGAAGCACCGGGGUAGCCGGCCCAGAGUCACAAGGGUCAGUCUCGCGCCGCUGACAGAGGCCGAGAUACUCGAGUAUGUUUCCGCCACCCUGUCCAGACCAAAGGAGGAGAUCCUGUCGCUUGCCCUCGUAAUUCAGGCGAAGACCGCCGGCAACCCCUUUUACAUGCGGGAGGUGCUCAGCGCCUGCUAUCGCAAAAAGUGCAUCUGGUAUGACUAUCGCGACAGUAUAUGGCACUUCGAUCUCGACCGGUUAUUUGCGCAGUUUCAGAGCGAGAAAGACUAUGACGUGCUAGACACGGGAUUUGUUACAAGAAGGCUGGACGAACUGCCGUCUGCGGCCAGGGCCGUUUUGUCGUGGGCUGCUCUGCUGGGCAGCUCGUUUUCUUUCGAGAUUAUAAACCGCCUGAUGAAGGGCGAGUUCGACUACGAGGACGACGACAUUCCAAACUGCUGCCCCGACCUCUCAAAACGCUCGUAUACCGAGGCGGAAGCCGUUGCUGGCCUCCAAGCAGCCAUACAGGCGAACAUCAUCGUGCCGAGCGAGACUGACGACCGAUUCCGCUUCGCACACGACCGGUACGUUAAUGCCUCGUCUGCACUGAAGGAGUGCAAUGCCCGUCGCAUGCACUUUGUUAUUUCCCAGACACUUCUCAAGUACUACGUGGUGGAGGCCAGACAGCGAGAUAGUACCGCUUGCCACAUUUGCGAAGCCGUCUCCAUCAUCAAGAUGCGAGUCCCCGUGCGGCAGCAAUUCCGCAAGCUGCUGAUUGACUGCGCCCAAGCCGCGACGGAGAACGGAGCCAGACCGACCGCCGCCAAGUACUAUGGAGCGGCGAUACAGCUAUUGCAGGAAAACCCGUGGUCGGGCGAUGCCGACGAUGUAUCCUACGAGGAGACGAUGCAGCUGUACCUGCGCGCCGCGGAAUGCCACUUGUUCAUGGGACAGCUUUCGCUAGCAAACGAUUUGCUCUCGACCAUCUUUGCCAGUGCAAAGUCAGCAAUGGACAAGGCGCCUGCAUACGUGCUGCAGUCGAGGAUAUUUGCCCAGAACGGCAACGCGCUCGCCGCCUUCAUCUCCCUCAAGGAAUGCCUGGCCGCGCUGGGGGUGCCUCUCGAGGACGAGCCCACGUACGAGAACUGCGACAGAAAGUUCCACAAGCUGGCGAAGCAGGUCCAGGGCAUGGACCGCCAAGCUCUCAUCAACCCCAGGGAGAAUGCCGCGCCGGUGACUGCUUCUAUUGGAGCUGUGCUAUCGGAGACGGCCUCUGCCGCAUGGUGGAGUGACUGCCUGCAGUUCUACAACCUCACUCUCGUCAUGCUGGAGAUGCACCUCACGCGCGGAGCCUUUCCUCAGUCCGGCAUGGCUUUCCUUCAACUUGGACUCGUCGGCCUGGCCCGCUUCAACAUGACGCAGUUUGCCGUUGACAUGGGCACCAUCUGCCAGGACCUGCUCUACUCUGCGCGAGACGCCUUCUCCAUGGGUCGCGGCCAAAUGCUGCAUUCGUGCUUCAUUGGCCACGUCCAGUACUCCAUGUCGCUGUCCACGUCCCAGAUGGACGAUGCCAUGGAGCUGGCUUCCGUUGGCGGGGAUCGCCUUUCCACCAUCCUCAGCUACGGACUCUCUGCUAUGACCAAGUUCUUUGCCAGCGAGAACCUCCUCGACUUGGAAGCGUUUUGCCACUAUGGCUGCGAGGACAUUGUGAACUGGUCACUCGACACCCGCGGUGGCUCGCUCCUUGUGGGCGUCAGGCAGCUCUGCCGCGCCCUACAAGGCAAGACGUGCACCCACGAGCCGUUCCGGGUCAUGACGGACGACCAGCACGACCCGGUCGCGUACAAGAGCUGGCUCACGAGCCAGACGCAGGACAGCAACCGUUCGUCCCUCUUCUACGAAAGCCUGGAGCUGUGUGCCCUGUUCCUGUAUGGUCACUACGAACGCGCCGUCGAUAUCGGCCGGAGAUGCGUAGAAAAGCUUCCGAUGCUGUGGUCGGCGCGGAACAGCAGGCUGAUUCUGCUCUUUUACGGGCUGGCGCGCGCUGGCCAGCUAUUGAGACUCAUGAAAGACCCCCGUUCGCAGACGGAAGACUUUACCGCCCAGACCGACGAGAUUGUCAACGAGCUGGCCGGCUUCGUCAAGAUGAUGGAGGACUGGUCCGUUGUGUCCGACGUCAACUACCGAUCCUGGUCACGGCUCCUGAACGCCCAGGUCGCGGAGCUGCUGCAACACCACGGCCAGGCCAUUCAGCACUACGAGGAGGCGCUGGACCACGCCGCCGAGCACGACUUCACAUUUGAGGAGGCCCUGGGCAACUACGUCAUGGCUGGGUUUUUUAUUAGACAGCGAGCGAGACGGUCUGCCCGGGCCGCGCUUCAGGACGCCGUGGGCCUCUAUCGACAAAUAGCCGCCACUGGCGUCGCUUCUGUCAUUGAGGAGGAGCAUUGCCUUUUGCUCCACGGGCCCACUCGGAACCAUCGAACCGCCGAGGUCGGCAUCCAGACCGACUUUGCUGUCGACCCCCCGCCCGCGCAGUACCGCUCUGUCGAUGGAGUGGACGGCGACGAGCUGGCACAGGCUCCUUCCAAUGCCAUGUCUGAGCUCAGGGGAGAGAGCAUCGGCGCCUGGCGCGGUUCUAUGCGGAUGCCCACCGAGGACGGCGCCGGCCUCCCUGCCCUGGACAUGAUUGAUUUGCACGCGAUCCUGGUGUCGUCGCAGGUCAUUUCAUCCGUCUUGCAGGUCAACGAGCUGCUCAAGACAAUGUGUGAUGUCAUCCUGCAAACCUGUGGCGGGUCUGCCACUCGAGCAGCCAUCAUUAUCCAGGACAACGACGCGGAAUCGUGGUGUGUGGCGGCCAGCGGAGAUCCCGAGAGGGGAGCGUCUGCGCAUGAGCCGGGCCUGCCUCUGUCGGGAUCAACGCUCAUUGCCGAAAACGUGGUCCUUUACUGCACGCGCUUCAGGGAGUCUGUGUUUAUCCCCGACCUCUUCGCGGACGAACGCUUCGGCAAUGUCAACGAGGGCUGGCUGCAACGGUACCCAGGGGGCAAGGCAAUCAUUUCCAUUCCCAUCUUGCAUGGCACGAAGCCGCUCCUUGGCGUCUUGUACCUCGAAGGCGAGCCCGGGGCCUUUACGGAUCGCAACGUCGCGGUGUUGCAGCUCCUGGUCAACCAAAUCGGCAUCAGCUACUCCAACGCGCUGUCAAUGAAGAACGUCGAGAAGAUCUCGGCCGAGAACCGCGGCAUGGUGUCGGUGCAGAAGCGAGCCCUGGCCAAGGCCCUGGAGGCGGAGACCAAGGCGAAACAUGCCGAGGCGGAGGCCAAGCGAAACGUCAAGCUGGCCGAGGAGGCUGCCAAGGCAAAAGCCAUAUUCCUCGCCAACGUCUCGCACGAGCUGCGGACGCCGCUCAACGGCGUCAUUGGCAACUCGGAGCUGCUGCGGGACAGCAACCUCAACAGGGAGCAGCUCGAGAUGGCUGAUUCGAUCCGCGUUUCUGCAGAUUUGCUGCUGACGGUGAUCAAUGACAUUUUGGACUUUUCCAAGAUGGAAGCUGACAAGAUGAAACUGUACAUCAUCGCCUUCAACCCCGAAGAAAUGGUCCGCGAGGUCGUCCGAGCGGCUUCGUACAGCAACCGGGAGAAGACGUCGAAGAAGAAUGUCAUGAUCAUUCAGGACAUCAACCUCCCGUCCAUGCUCAUCUAUGGAGACCCCAUUCGACUUCACCAAGUCCUCGGGAACCUCAUCGGAAACAGCCUCAAGUUCACAGAAGAUGGCUCCGUCACCAUUGGGGCACGACUGGACUCGGAGACCGAGGACAGCGCAACGCUCACGUUCUGGGUCCGAGAUACUGGCAUCGGCAUUCCGGCCCAGCAACUUGCCAAGUUGUUCCAGCCCUUUAGCCAGGCCGACGCCAGCACGGCGCGAAAGUACGGCGGAAGUGGUCUCGGGCUGAGCAUCUGCAAAUCCCUGAUUGAGAUCAUGAUGAAGGGCACGAUUCAGCUCGAGAGCGAAGAGAGCGAGGGCACAACCGCCUGGUUCACCGUCACUUUUGAAAAGGCCAAGGCGGAUGUGUCUGCCGGAGACGCGCUCGGCAAGGCGUCGCCGCCGAUUGACAGGUAUUCGCUCAUGACGUCGCCCUUUGACCGGGUGGCUUCGCCGAACCCAUUCAUGGACCUCUCCCAGGUUUCCAAGGAAGACGUCCGCAUCUGCGUGGCUGAAGACAACCCCAUCAACCAGAAGAUUGCUAUCCAGUACGCUCACCGGCUGGGCUAUCCCAAUGUCGUUGCCUAUGGAAACGGGCUCAAGGCCAUCGAGGGACUGCGCAACAAGGCCGCCGAGGGCGAGCCGUACCACAUUGUGCUCAUGGAUGUUCAGAUGCCCGUGUUGGACGGCUACGAGGCCACAAAGCUCAUCAGGAAGGACCCGAUAGAGGCUGUCCGCAAGGUUCUGGUGAUCGCCAUGACGGCAUCGGCGAUCCAGGGGGACAGGGAAAAGUGUUUGGCGGCCGGCAUGAACGAUUACCUGGCCAAGCCGGUCCGUUCCGAAGUGUUGAAAAGGAAACUGGACGCCUAUGUCGGCGUUUCGAAGGCCGGCAAUGCCCACACUAUUCAAUCACCCAUCAGUCCCAUUUCUCCCACGACUCCCAACGACCUAGAAGCUAACGGCACCUCCUGGGAAUCGAUUGCUUCGAACAACACGGUGUUCAGGGACGCCCGAGCCACCAGCAACUCCGUCGUCGACGACCCAAUGCAGGAAGAUGCCGUGUACAAUAUGCCCCUGGACUCGACGAGCCUCCAGGCAGCCGACGACCCUGUGCUCAGCGCAAACGGCGCCGCUCAAAAGACGCUGGCGAUCCGUGUGCCUGAGCUUACUCCCACGCACAAGUCUCCCAACCAUUCCGACGGCCAAGUGCCCACCGGGGACGCCGUUGCUUCACAGCCCAAGACUCAACCGCGGAAAUUGACCCAGGGCCGAGGCAACAGCGAUGUGCAUUGGGAUGCCGAUGCGAAGUCCACCGACAAGGACAGGGAGAAGCACAAGGGCGUCUUGAGCAAGAAGCCGCUUCUUGUGAAUAACCACAAGGAUGAUGCUUGUUGA